AUGCUCGCACCUGGGAAAGCAAGGACGAAUGCCGGGCUCACGUUGUGGAGUGUAGCCAAAAUCCGAGAGGUCCGGGAUAUGGUUCCUGGCUGGCUAUGUGUUUCUGCCUGGCACUGGAGAGGGGACCGUGGAGGAUGGUGCCAGGGGCAUGGCGGAUAUUGGCCAGUUCAGGCUCAUUCUUUUGACAACGCGCAAGGCCAUCGCCAGCGGGAUCAAGAUUUCAUCAAGCGAGCUAUCCAUGGCUCGCAUCAAACCUCCGCAACCGCACGCACCCUCACCGACGCUGUAUCCGCGGCGGCGCGAGUGGCAGAGGACUCAACAAGAGACGUCGCGGCGGCCACACCAUGGCCGGCUCCUACUCAUUUCCCGUUCGUUGCGCAACUAAGCCCGCCAUCGUAUCUGUACAGAGUACACAUGUGUCGCACCGUCUUCCUUUUCCCAGGGCCUGCAAAGACGUCGAAGCCCAUGAUUGCACCUUGUCGUCGGCGGAAGAGCCUAUUUGAGCACGGCGGCCGGUGUUCCCAUCGUCCCCUGGCUGGUGAUCGCCGCGGAAGACCGUCAGCCGUCAGCCAAAGCCUUCUCUGGUGGCUUGCCCGCAUCGACGCGCAACGACCCCAUGAUGGCAUGGACGUCAAAAGGAACGAUGGAACGAUGGGACGAGGGGCGCAGGCAGGCAGAUCGCCCCUGCGUCUGAUGAGAGGAGAGGGGGAAAUUGCAGCCGCCUCUCGCAGCCAAGAUGGAAGAGCAACCAGAGCCGGCGGUUGCAGACCUGCGCGCACCCUGAGCGCCCUGAGCAUCCUGACAAGACAGCGCUGUGCUGCUUCGGAGUCGCUCCGGGAGAUUGUGACGUUGUGCGCCUCGAGCCUGGUCGUCGCCGUCACGUUCGACGACCCAUUAUUAUAUUCAGUGUUCGCCGUUCGGCCGCCACCAGCAGGAUGGCCGCCUGCCAGCAGCCAGCCAGCAUGCUACAAGCAGCAGUCUUCCAGAAGCAGGCUGUUCCCGGCGCGGGCCGUGCUGCUGGCCGUUGGGAUCGCGCGCAGAGCAGCACGCCAGCGGCCAGCCAGAUCUGUCGCUGAGUCGCCUGAAUCGCGCCCUCUCAGGAGUCUGUGGAAAGCGCCCGCAUUGCCGUUAUAA